CUCACUGGGGCUGUGUCAGGAGUUUGGAGGGCACAUUGGGAAGCCCGGCAGAGCCUGCUCUUACACCGGCUCCAGACUUCCCAGCCGCGCGGCAGCUGCCCCAGCCUCCCUCCCCUCGCGGGCGGUGCGGGGACAGGGAGCUGAGAGCCCCGGGGCGAGCGCCUUCCGCAGCCGGUGCAGAAACAGAGCUCGAGAAAAACUCUUUCCCCCACUUUCUAAACUCCGAGACGUUAUCGCAGCGUGCCUGGGUCUCUCCAAAAUUUCUCUCUUCCCUUGCCCACCCCAGCGAGGUGCACUGUGUGUGGAGUGGAGAGCAGGGACUGGUAUAAGGAAAUGCUAGAUCUAGUGAUAUCACCCAGCCUGACUGUAAACAGACAGUGUCCCGACAGACUGAAGCUUAACCUUUCUAACAUUUAUGCCACAGCUCCAGAUGACAUAGAAGGUAAGUCCAAGCAAAUUGCUCAUAGUGAAAUCGUUGAAUCAGGUAACAAAGCAGCAUCACAGUGUCCUCUCCAUCUCUACUCCACAGAACAUCAUCCCCAUAUAGUGACAGUCCCAUCUUUUCCAACAAUGGCAACCUAUGGACAGACCCAGUACAGUGCAGGAAUCCAGCAAGCCGCUACUUACGCUGCAUACCCUCCACCAGGACAACCUUAUGGAAUACCCUCCUACAGCAUCAAAACAGAAGAUAGUCUGAGCCAUUCUCCAGGACAGAGUGGGUUUCUUAGCUAUGGAUCCACCUUCAGUACCCCAACAACAGGACAAGCACCGUACACCUACCAGAUGCAUGGCACAUCAGGGAUUUACCAAGGAGCCAAUGGCCUGACCAAUUCUGCAGGAUUCAGCACUGUUCAUCAGGAAUACUCGUCCUAUCCAAGCUUUCCUCAAAGCCAGUACUCUCAGUAUUACACCUCUUCCUACAACUCUCCUUAUGUAUCGGCGAAUAGCAUCAGUCCAUCAGCCAUCCCGACAUCCACAUACUCUCUCCAAGAGUCUUCACACAACAUCACCAGUCAAAGCACAGAAUCACUGUCUGGGGAAUAUGCAACCACACCAGUAAAAGAUACAGAAACAGACAGGCAACACCGAGGGUCUGAUGGAAAGUUACGAGGCCGAUCAAAAAGAAGCAACGAUCCUUCCCCUACAGUUGACAAUGAGAUUGAGCGGGUGUUUGUGUGGGAUUUGGAUGAGACGAUAAUUAUUUUUCACUCUUUACUCACGGGAACCUUUGCAUCCAGAUAUGGGAAGGACACCACCACGUCUGUGCGGAUAGGUCUUAUGAUGGAAGAAAUGAUCUUCAACCUUGCAGAUACACAUCUGUUCUUUAAUGACCUGGAGGAUUGUGACCAAAUACACAUAGAUGACGUAUCAUCAGAUGACAAUGGACAAGAUCUAAGCACAUAUAACUUCUCAGCAGAUGGCUUUCACAGUUCAACUGCCGGUGCAAAUCUGUGUCUGGGCUCUGGAGUUCACGGGGGAGUUGACUGGAUGAGGAAAUUAGCAUUCCGCUACCGGCGGGUGAAAGAGAUGUACAAUACCUACAAAAACAAUGUAGGAGGUUUAAUAGGAGCUCCUAAGAGGGAAACCUGGCUUCAGUUAAGAGCAGAACUGGAAGCUCUGACUGAUCUCUGGCUCACUCAUGCUCUCAAGGCUCUGAAUUUGAUACAUUCCCGGCCUAACUGUGUAAACGUGUUGGUCACCACAACUCAGCUCAUACCAGCUCUUGCUAAAGUGCUGCUAUAUGGACUGGGCACAGUCUUCCCCAUUGAAAACAUCUAUAGUGCAACAAAGACAGGGAAAGAGAGCUGUUUUGAACGGAUAAUGCAGAGGUUUGGAAGGAAAGCCGUGUAUGUUGUAAUAGGAGAUGGUGUUGAAGAGGAACAGGGAGCAAAAAAGCACAACAUGCCAUUCUGGAGAAUCUCCUGUCAUGCUGACCUGGAGGCUCUCAGGCACGCCCUGGAACUUGAGUACUUGUAGCAGACCCCAACGCCUCAGCGCUGGGCAAGCUUCACUCAGAGAGACAUCAGCUCAACGUAUUCUUUGGUAUUUUAUAUAACUGAUCCUACAACAAUUGCAGUAAUCUUUCUUCAAGGGGAACCCAUUGUAUGGAAGCCUUUAAGAAUCUGCAUCAGGAAAGCAAUGUAUCACAUCCUUCUUCCAUUGGAUGGAGGGAAAAACCUUCAAAUCACCCAGUGGGGAUCCUGCAGUUUUAUGGCUAAAAUGGAUUCUUAGAGCUGAUACUGGACUCUUGACUGUUUUAUUGCCAUGUGAAUAUCUUUGAAGCACACAAAAGACUAGAAGUCCUGGGUCUACUUGUCAGUUUUCUUGCUUUGAAAGGGGGGGAAAGGACACAGUAUGGAAUUUUGGGCAUGCUCACUGGACUCUUCAUUACAUUAUGUGGGACUUUCUGAAAAUAAGAGUGAAAUAGUUGGGGUUUUUUGUAUUUUUUUAAUUUAUGAACUAAUCCUGUUACUCUGGUAUUAAGCUCUGUAUCUGUUUUUAUCUUCUUUUUGGGGGGAGGGCAGAGGGUCCUACAAUUCUAAUUUAAUAGUUCUUUUCUCCAUGAUAAACUCUAUGGACAAUCAUAUUGUGUACAUUAGUAUUGAGGACAUUUGGGACUGUUGGUAAGAAUUAUAGCUGUGUUUUUUAAACCUGAUCUAGAUGGUAUGUGGACUGUGCAUGUGUCUAAACGGUGCCUUAUGCUGCCAUCUUUUUUUCGGUGGGUGGGGAGAAGUAGCUUGUGAUGAAUGAAAGGCAUUAAAUAAAACUACGUUUACAUUUUGGGGAAAUAGAACACCUGCCUUCUCUUCUCUCCAUGCAUUGCUGGGCCUAGCAGAUGUGUAGAAUUCUUGCUUUCCCUCUGAGCUAGAGAUGGACUAGGAGAACUUAAAUUGGAGAUGCAAAGACUAAAGUCUGUGGGAGCUCCCUGUGAUGGCAGCAUGAGGAGCAAAGACAGUCACCUGAAUGUUAAGUGCCAGAGAACUUGGCCAGCAAACAACAUCUGUUCAUCUAUCAAGGGAAGAUAAAGUGCAAGCAAAUAUUACAGCUCGGCACAUUUAUUUUUGACAAAAAUAUUUAUGUAAAUAAAUCAUAUGCAAAUUAGAUUCAGCCUACAAGCUCCUGCUGAGCUGUCUUGGCAACCCUCAAUGUCAAACAUUUUGGCUCCCUGGGCUUGGAUAAAUCUCUAAUUCUCUAUACAGAUUUUAUUAUUAUUUAUUUCUAUUACAGUAGCACCUUGAAACCCCAGUCAAGGAUCAGGACUUCAUGGAGCCAGGCACUCUACAGACAUAUGACAAGUAAAACAACCCCAACCCCAGAGAGGCCACAAUCUAUAUGUCAUACAGGACGCCACUGGUGUACAAAACAGACAAAUUGGGUGGAUAUUGGUUGGGAGGAGACAGUAACAAUAAAACAAAGUUUAGCAGAUCAACAGAAGUCAAGGUUUGCCCCUUGCCUACCCAAUGCCAGAUGGGAGUAAUUUGUAGAUUUCACAGCAGAGGAAGGUUUAGAGGAAGGAGGUAUGGGAGAUAUUAAAUGGGCAUUUCCCCAAAAGAGAGACAGUGUGACAAUGUACUGGCCUCAUUACCAAUGCAGCAUAUUUACUGUUUGCACACAGGUGUGAAGCUAAAUAGGUUUUAAAGAUACAACAGCUACAACUAUAAAGCCUUUGAUGAGAAUCUCAAAACAGCCAGUUCAGGAAAUAAAGAUCCAUUGCCAGCUCUGAGCGAGAGAGUUUCCUGCAGGGUGAGUGUGGAGUAUUGACCACAGAGUAAUUUAAUCUCAGCAUCUGGCUUAAAAGUAUCAGCCACUCAGCAUCUGCAAAGUAAGUUAUCCACACUUCCCUACAGCAGGCAGGAGGGGGAAAAAAAUCUGUUUCGGGUCUGGGCAUAGCACAAAACAAAAACAAAGGGUGGUUCUCCAGCAGAGGAGUCUCUAGCCUUAUGGCCUGCUGAGAGAGGGAAUCUAGGACAAAGCAAAGUCUUUCUGCAGUAGGUUUGGCUGGCAUAAAUAGAGAUUAAAUUUGACCACAAAACUCGCACAAGAAAUCAGAGAAAUUGGGGGCAGGGGGAAAGUCUGACUGACAGACAGGUUCCCAUGAGAUAAACACACAUGUGAGUAAAACCUCCAAAAGGCAGUGACUCUGGGGAAUUGUAGGCCACUGACAGACAGCGAAGCUGCAGCUUUUAGGAACUUGCCAAUCAACUAAUUGUUUCUCAUGGAAUUCGGAGGCAUUGGCUGUCUCAUUUUACCCAAUAGCUCAUUCUUUCUGAAGCGAGUUAAGAGACUCUGCUGUCUGAACAUGUUCAGACAUUCUCAGGCUCGCUUAUGUGCUUGUGGUUUUCCUUCCCUGCAACCUCCAUCACCCCCAACCCUCCACCCCAACAGAGUUCUAGGGCUUUGUCUCUCUCAUAUGUGUACACACACACCCUUGCUCUCCCCUGUGUUUUGCUGCAUAUGCUCUCUCCAUAGUCAUUCAUUGCUCUCCUAGUUGGCUGUGUACAUCUCUUCUAUGCCUCAGUAACAUUGAGUGGCAUAUGCCAGCAAGAACAAUAAUGUACUGCAGACCUGGCAUGCACCAGCUUCCAGACGCGGAGUGACAGGUGUCCUCUUUUCACUAAAAAGCGUGGCCUUAGCCUUUCCUGUCUGAGGGAAUCUAGGAACAUUUUGUUCUGCAAAUAGCUGGCUACAGGCAAAUAUACAUCAGUCCUGGGUUAGCAGUUGGGAAUACCCAUACCCCAGGCACAGUCCAGACUAUUGUUUGUAGUCAUGUUUAAAAAUAUUUUCAAACAUUGUUGCAGCCUUUCUAAACUACACUAGCAACCAGGUGAGUGGCAGCUAUGAGGUGACCAAGACCCUUGAGUCAAGUGUAAUGUAGGCCACCUCUCAGCCCUAGGUGAUUAAACCGAGCCUUGCCUAACAGACAUACUGAUGACAUUACUAAUAUAGGACUGCUAAUAAUCAGAGCCUCUCCACUUACAGAGGGUCAGCACUCCUCCCUCUGAACCGUCCUCUUAAGUAAAAACGAGGCAGUGAAAGAUAGCUAUCCUAUAUGGUAGAUUAUAUUCCGGCCUCUUAAAACUUGAAUAGGACUAUAAGAGUUGCAGAAUAUAGCAAACGCUGUUGCCACUUACUUGUUAACACUUCAGGGAGCAAAAUACCUUUCCAAACAUAGAGAAAAAGAAGCUGCACUAAACUGUGUCUUGUUUAGUCACUGGCUUGCAUUUCCAGAGAAACCAUUUGUUCCAUUAUUUAGGCACAGGCUGUGUUCCUAUUUUACUGUGUAGCACUGUAUUUAGAAGAAUUUGUAUCUUCCCAUCUAUUGUUGAUUAAAUAAUCCUUUUAUAUUGACCUUCACUCCACAGCACAAGCUUGAAAACUACUUUCUCCUUCAAAGUUUAAAAUAUCUUGUAAGGGAAGUGGAGAGCCCUUCUCAAGUGUCAGUCAUGAAAUGAAGCCUAUAGGGCCAACUUGACUGCUGGAGUAAGUAGGCAAACUCCAUUAACUUCAGGGUUACACAUUUAUUUAUGCCAGCUACAAACUGGGCCUUAAACCAUUAUCUUCGCUAAUAGGCUAAGUAAUUACUAAACUAACCCCCACCACCACCACCACCUCCGCCGCCCUUCCUCUAGCUCAGUGCACUUAUGUCAUGGGAACUCCCAAAGAAGUUUAAUCAUUCCCACUGCAGCAAAACAGCAGGGCUGAGGAACCCCCUCCCAGAAGUCAAGAAAUGAACAAUAUAUAUCCAUAUUUUAAAUUCAAAGAAGCCACAGGCAUUUAAACCACCUAUCAGGGUUAUUUAAGUGGAGUGAUAGCACCAUUUAUUGUUGAGAUUGCAAUAACAUGCUAUUAAACAUAGGUGUUGUAUAACAAGCAGGAAUAGUUAGCUGUAUAAGCUGUCAAUUUGCUCCUUUCAAAUAAGCAUACAUGCACGAAGGGCCUGACCCAAAGCCUGUGGAAGGCCAUGGAGAAAUUCCCAUUGACUUCAGUGGGUUAUGAUUCAUGCCUCCAAAAAGUCACUUUCUCCAUAGACUCAGGAGCCAAGGCAUUUGCGUAAGUACCAAAAUAUAUUUUUAACAAUGAAAAAAGUUCUUGAUAUCCACAAAUUGCGAUUAUGUCUGAUCAUUACUGUCAGCUUUAUUUUAAACUGGAUGCAGACUUUAUAAGAAUAUACUACAGUCUUCUAGAGGUAUUGACCAACAUGCUAUAUCCUCACAACACUGUUACUGUCGGGCUUGGGGGCCACUGCUGUAAGCAUUUUUAACACAGAAAUAAGU